UUCAACUAACAACCUCAUUAACCCAUCCUUUCCUUUCAAACACACCUUCAUCUCCAUGACAACACAACACAACCAAACAAAAAAACCUCCACACUCGCUUUUGCCUUAAUAUUUCUUCUUCUUCUCCAAUUAUCAACUCUAAUAUUCUUAAACUUUACAUUUAAGAUAACCAUAAACACUACUCCUAUAUAUAUAGCAGUUUUAAAAGUUUCUCAAUAGCUAGUAACAUACAUAACAAUGGCUUCAUUUAUAUGGAUUAUAUCCCUUCUGGUUUUGUUUUUUAUAACCAGACAGGUCUUGCUUGUUAGCUCAUCAGCUCAAUCUGUUGAUAGAGAUGAUUUUCCUGAUGGUUUCAUCUUUGGAACUGCUUCUUCUGCUUACCAGUAUGAGGGAGCUGUGAAUGAAGGAAACAAGGGAGAUAGUAUUUGGGAUACCUUCACUAGAAAACCAGGGAAGAUAAUGGACUUCAGCAAUGCAGAUACGACUGUUGAUCAAUAUCAUCGAUUCGAGAGUGAUAUAGGGUUGAUGAAAGAUCUGGGAAUGGAUGCUUAUAGAUUUUCAAUAUCUUGGCCUAGAAUAUUUCCAUAUGGAACAGGGGAACCUAAUAUUGAAGGAAUAAACUACUACAAUUGUCUCAUUGAUGCUUUAAUUAAAAAAGGAAUCCAGCCAUUAGUAACUCUAUAUCACUGGGAUCUGCCACAGAUUCUUGAAGAUAAAUACCAAGGAUGGUUGAGUAAACAGAUCGUAGAUGAUUUCGAGCAUUACUCCAUUACUUGCUUUCAAGCUUUUGGAGACAGAGUGAAACACUGGGUCACCUUCAACGAGCCCCAUGGUUUCUCAAUCCAAGGUUACGAUAAUGGCAUACAAGCCCCUGGAAGGUGCUCCAUUCUCGGUGGUCUACUUUGCAAUUCUGGAAAUUCUUCCACUGAACCAUACAUUGUUGCUCACAACAUCCUUCUUUCCCAUGCUGCUGCUUAUCACAGUUACCGCCGAUACUUCAAGGAAAAACAAGGUGGUCAAAUUGGAAUAGCAUUGGAUGCCAAAUGGUAUGAACCCAUUUCUGAUAAAGACGAAGAUAAAGACGCAGCAAACCGGGCAUUGGAUUUUGGGAUCGGAUGGUUCCUUGAUCCACUUUUCUUUGGUGACUAUCCUGGUUCAAUGAGAAAACUUGUGGGAGAAAGGUUGCCUCAAAUCUCACCAGAGACAUCCAAAUUGCUAGUGGGAGCUUUUGACUUCAUUGGUAUAAACCACUAUACCACAUAUUAUGCUCGAAAUGAUCGAACUCAAAUCCGCAAACUAAUAUUGCAGGAUGCUUCAUCAGAUGCAGCUGUUAUUACUACAUCUUUCCGAGAAGGAGCUGCCAUUGGAGAAAAAGCAGCUUCUAGAUGGUUAAGGAUUGUGCCAUGGGGCAUUAGGAAGUUGGCAAGGUAUCUGAAAGAUAAAUAUGGCAAUCCACCUGUUAUAAUAACAGAGAACGGUAUGGAUGAUCUGAAUAGCCGGUUCAUAUCUAUAAAAAGGGCUUUGAAAGAUGUCAAAAGGAUUGAAUAUCACAGGGACUAUCUCUCAAACCUAUCGGCUGCCAUAAGGGAAGACAAGUGUGAUGUGCGAGGGUAUUUUGUGUGGUCAUUGCUGGACAAUUGGGAAUGGAACAGUGGCUACACCGUUCGAUUUGGACUGUAUUAUGUGGACUACAAAAACAACCUUACAAGGAUCCCCAAGGCUUCGGUUCAAUGGUUUAAAAGUUUUCUUAGACCAAGAACUCAUGUUUCAACAAUUUGAAGAAGCUUUUUUGUUGAAUCUGAAACUUGUAAAUGUCAACACCAUUCAUGUUUCAAAAAUGAAAUAUACUGAAUGAAAAAAUUAUUUUACCCA